AAGAUCAAAGCUCUUUCUAGAUGCUUACAUUCAACCAAUGGAAAAUAAAGGAUAGGCGCUUUAGUAUUCCACUAAAUUUGUAAAUGGCGUCUCUGAGUUCAUUUUCUGUUGCUACUUCUCCAAGGCUAACAUAUGUCAAUGGAACUAAAGUUUCCAUUGAUUCCUUCAUCACCCAGUUCGUCAGCUGUUCUCCAAUAAAAUUUGUUCCUCCAUCGUUCUUAAAAUAUAACAGAGGCCAUGGCAUUAAAAUCUUGGCUGCUUCAGCAGCUUCUCAAAUGGAAGCAUCCAUUAAGGCAAAGAUAAGCGAGAACCCACUAGUAAUUUACUCUAAAACUCGUUGUUCAUACUGCCGUAGCGUGAAGGCUUUGUUCAAGCGCAUUGGAGUUGAGCCAUUGGUCGUGGAAUUGGACGAUCUAGGACCUUCACAACGACAGAUUCAGAGUGCAUUGCAGAGAUUAACUGGGCAAUCAACUGUUCCUAAUAUUUUCAUUGGUGGGAAGCAUAUUGGUGGCUGUACUGAUACAAUUGUAUUGCAUAGGAAGGGAGAAUUGAUACCCUUACUCUCAGCAGCUGGAUUGAAAGUUAGUUAAUGGCAAGAUCAGCAUAAAAAAUCGAGUAGAUACUUUUCUAGAAGGCGAUUUUCUCAGCAGUUUGUUUUGAUCGAAAUUAUGCACAUCUCUAUAAUGGUCUUCAGCAAGGAUGAUAUUUUAAAUUAGCCCGUGAACUACAUGUAAUGCCAAUUUUAUUCUAUUUCCUUUAGAUAGUUUUCUAAACAGUUUUUGUGCAACAUUGAUCAGUUUUGAUCAUAACAUAUUUAGCUAGAUAUUUUUUGGUAAAUAAUCCCAAGAUAUUUCUCCAUUGUAAAUCAAGAAUGAAGCUGAGAUGUUAUGUGAAACUUAAAAGAGAUUUCAGAAAGGCAUUGCCAUUUCAGCUUCUAUCAUUGUCAGAUGUUUCAGUAGCCAUUGAUCGCUGGCAUUCGAUUUGUAAUUUAGUUGUGAAGAAGAAAAUUAGAUUGUUAACCAAUACUGGCUGAUCAUUAAAGGGGACAAAAUGGAAAAUUUGGUAAAUAACUAAUUCUUUAUAUGAAAGUUAUAAAAUGAUAAAACAAAAUGUAACUA